CAAAAUACUAGUCGCCUAAGAAAUUACGAAGACAGAUCAGGAACAGCUUAGAAGAAGACUCUUCAGGGCACAGAGAGAAAACAAAGUGAAAAGUACCUUCUUCCACAAAUUACCAGAGAUCGUAGAAUCUCUCUCUUUCAGAUCCGUUCACCGUUUCAUCUCUUUCCGAUUCGAUGCCUUCCCGUAGACGUACCCUCCUCAAAGUCAUCAUCCUCGGCGAUAGCGGGGUUGGGAAAACCUCGUUGAUGAACCAAUAUGUUAAUAAAAAGUUCAGCAACCAGUACAAGGCAACCAUUGGAGCGGACUUCUUGACUAAGGAAGUACAGUUUGAAGAUCGACUUUUCACUUUACAGAUCUGGGAUACAGCUGGACAGGAAAGGUUUCAGAGCCUUGGUGUAGCUUUUUACCGAGGUGCUGAUUGCUGCGUUCUUGUAUAUGAUGUCAACUCCAUGAAAUCAUUUGACAAUCUGAACAACUGGAGGGAAGAGUUUCUGAUCCAGGCGAGUCCAUCGGAUCCAGAGAACUUCCCAUUUGUUCUUAUCGGAAAUAAGGUCGACGUGGAUGGUGGAAACAGCAGAGUGGUUUCGGAGAAAAAGGCUAAAGCUUGGUGUGCUUCAAAGGGAAACAUUCCUUACUUUGAGACCUCUGCCAAGGAAGGCACCAACGUGGAGGAAGCUUUCCAGUGCAUUGCCAAGAACGCGCUGAAGAGCGGAGAAGAGGAAGAGCUGUACUUGCCAGACACAAUCGAUGUUGGGACAAGCAGCCAACAGAGAUCUUCAGGGUGUGAGUGCUAACGAGAUUAUCUAUCUUAUCUCCCAGAUGAAUGCUUUUGAGUUCAACAAUGGGUUUUGGUCUCUUGGCCAAGUUAUCUCUCAUGAUAUUUAAAUUACAUGUUGUAAAUUUGUUUCCUUUGUGGGUAGAACCACCCUAAAAAAACAAAUUGAAUUUGUGGGUUUUUUUCGUUAUUUUGCAUCUUUUGGGAUCUUUACAUAUUCGUUCGAUAACUAAAAAAAAUCUGGUUGGCGAAAACGUCCGAUCUCUGUGCUCUUUCAUCAGGAAAAUUGAAUUUCAAGGCGCUGAGAGAGCUUUGCCUUGUGACAUUAAUACAGAAUGCUUUGUCAUCCUAUUGGAAAUUAAAACACAGAUGAAGAAGAAUGUUCUCUGA